GACGUAGGAUGGCCCAUGUGCUCCCGUCCCUUGCCUCAGCUCACCGCGCUGUGUGCCGCGUGCCAACUGGUCGUGUGCCAAAAAAUACCGUCCUCAUCGGGCGGUCUCCCCUUCCCUGGGCAGAAUCGGGAGAACCCACCCAAUGGAUGAUCAAGGAUGGAGAACGGAUGAUCGAGCAUGGAUGAUAGAGGGACGAAUGGGCGGGUACGGGACGGGCGGAUCUCCCAGUUGUGCUUUUGGGGAUAAGCACCAGCAUAUCGCGGCCGGGGCGUUAUCGAUAUCACAAGUUGAUACCAGCACUACGGAGGAUGUUUAUCGUCAGGCGCGCUGCCUGAACGGUACAUCCUCUUACUCUACAUCUUACUAUCAGUCCACAGCUAGAGUCUGGAGUCUGGGAUCAACCCCUGCCUAGCUAAGGACCAUCACAUGUACUGUACCCGAAUGAUCCACUCUCAUACAUGCAAGGGAGGGCUGGGCUGGAUCAAAACCCUCCCUCUGCCCUUUGUCAUAUGCCAUAUGCACACAGGCACAG